AGCAACAAUAAAUGCACCGACCCACGGGCUCUAUCUACUGACUUUAUUCAGGACAUCGCACAGGACUCCAGUGUAACGGGACUGUUGGGGAACCCUCACUAUGAGCUGCACAGAGCAGAAGCAUUACCAUGAUGAAGAGCUUGAUCCUUGUCAUCUCUUUGACACGUACGUCGGGGCUAAGACCAUUUCCAAGAAGGAGCUGUUGGAAGAUCCCCUGAGAUUCCUCUAUAAAUUAUUCUCAUCAGGUUCUGUGAAGGGAGAAACACUGAUAAAUAUUUCAGUUGGCUCCAACAUGUCUAAAAACUUUGUCGCCGCCGAUUUCUUCAAAAAUAUCAUAUUGCUGGAAUCUUCAGACUGCUGUAUGAAAGCCAUAGAGAGCUGGAUCCGAAACGAGCCCGGGGCUUUGGAACAUUCCCACGCCGCAGAGUUUGUUUGCUCACUUAAAGGGCAAAGUACUGGGUGGAAGAAGCAAGAAGAAAAGGCCAGAAGGGCAAUCAAACAAGUGGUAAAAUGGGACGUCACCAAGGAGAACCCACUGGGUGCAGUUGUGUUGCCCCAAGCAGAUUGUAUAAUCACUGUUUAUCACUUGGAGGCUGUUAGCAAAGAUAACGAUAUGUAUGUAAACCUUCUAAAGAAAUUGUUAUUCUAUCUGAAGAUUGGAGGUCACCUGGUCAUGGUGGCAGUGAUCAACAUCUCUUAUUACAUGGUCGGCCAACACAAGUUUGGUGCAUUGAAGUACAAUGAAGAGUUUAUACAAAAGGCUGUGACAGAAGCCGGUUGCACCAUCGUAAGCACUGAAACUCACAGAAGGAAAUUUAAAUCUCCUUUGACCGAUUAUGAAUCAAUUGCCUACUUUGUGUGCCGUAAAGACCGAGUGGUUUAAACGGUCAGAUUAACACUCAGUCACAAUAAUGAUUCUAUCUUUAAUAGUGCAUUAAAUUUGAAUGAUUAAAUCUCAUCUUAGAUUAGUGGCGCUAAUGCAUAAAAUAUUUCCUAAUCUCUCAAAGGUGAUACCAUCAUCAAAACAGAAAAAAAUCAUUGUGCUUGAAAACAGUGUGCAACAUUGUGUGAAUUUGUGUCGCUUUGAAAAGAUAAAAGUAAUGGUUGAAAAUGUGCUUCUAUGGGGGAGUUUACUUCCUGUUACACAAGGAAGUUUCUCUACUUCCUGUCUAAAAAAAUGCAACCCUUCCUUUUUGUUCUUGCUCAUAAGGAGCUUCUUCUGAUGUAUGGUGUGAUUGAUCAGAUUGACAGAUAUUUUUGAACAAAAAUAAACCAUUGAUGUGAAAGAUCUACAGGAUAUACAUCCAUUCCAGGGGCUCUGAGUGUAUGAGAGAAUAAUUAAGUGCAUUUUUAUUUGAUUCCUAAUAAAUAAACACCUGGCUUGAAUAAAGACACCAUUAUGGCACUUUGGUGAGGACUUAGUUUCUAAUUUGUUUUUUGGCUACCAAGUUGGGAAAUGGCUGUACCUCCGGAAGUUGCACCACCACAAUAGGGUGACCCUCUCUACAUUGUCUUUAGACUUCACCUCCACAUAGAGGAUCACAUCAAUAGUCUUAUAAGGCAUAAGAACUUUAUCUGAAAGGUUCAUUUAGGUCUAUAGCUCCACUUCCUGGAAAAACUGCCGAUAAGAUUUGCUUUGAGUUAUUCCAGACAAUGUAACAGACAAUAAGAAGAACCAGGUAUCUGGGGGAUCCAACCCAAUACAUGACAUCUUGACAGUAAAGUGUAAUUUCCAAAACUAUCCACACAUUUA